UGUGCUCGAUAAUAAAUUGAGAAAUAUUUUAAUAGAACGAAAAGGCUGAAACCAGCAUACUCAGGUCCAAAAAUUAAAACAAAAAAAGGUGUGGUUUUAAUAAUAUAACUUGAAUACAAAUGUCAGUUUGAAAAGAUAAACACUAGGAGCACUUAAAAUAUAAAAAUACCCUCAAUUUAAAAAAAAAAAAAAAUUGACACUUUGAAUUUUUAUUUUUAUUUUUAUUUUAUUAACAAGAAAUACACGCUCAAUUGCCCCCUCCAAAUACUCAACCCUCACUUUCACUUUGCUACUGAAUUUUUAAUCUGCGUUUGUGGCACUAAAAAAUAAAAAUAAGAAUAAAAUUUGUUUUACUGCUGCUCAGUAGCCCUAAUUCCCAAAUAAUAAAGUGGCGCCCAUUUGGUUUCUCAACACAAGGUCUCCUCUGAAAUGCUAGAAAACAAGGCAGUGGCAUGGACUUCAAAGAUUUUGGCCAAUGCACGUAAUGGUCUCAAUGACAAGGCUCUGGCUUGCUUCAAACAAUUGCUCAGAGCCGCGGUUGAGCCCAAUGCGGAAACAUUGUCGACCACCAUUACCGUCUGCGCCCGAUCGUCGCAGCCUAGUUUUGGAACAAGCUUGCAUUGUUUGGUUGUCAAGAAUGGGUUCAUGCAACACUUCUUUCUUGCAAGUGGGUUGAUCACAAUGUACUCAAAGUGUGGCUGCAUAACCAAAGCUCGUAGGGUGUUUGAUGAAAUGCUUAAACGAGACGCUGUCUCGUGGAAUUCGAUGAUUGCAGGGUACUCGCAAAUGGGUUUGAAUAGAGAAGCUUAUGGUUUGUUUUAUCAGAUGAUAAAUGAUUGUUCUGAUUGGAAAUUGUUUGUUAAUAGUUUUACUCUUGCUAGUGUUCUCAAGGCCUGUGCUGGUUUGGGUUGUCCUAAAAUUGGCACAUCAGUGCACUGUUGUGCAAUAAAAUUAGCUUUUGAUUCAGAUAUGUUUGUUGUCGGGUCUACAAUUGAUAUGUAUUCAAAAUGUGGUUGUUUAAAUAUGGCACAUUGUGUUUUUGAUCAGAUGGAAACUCGCGAUCUUGUGGCUUGGAACACUAUGAUUACUGGGUAUGCUCAAAAUGAUUAUGGAGAAGAAACUAUUGAGCUGUUUCAUAGAAUGCAAUAUGAAGGUUUUUGGCCUAACGAGACCACAUAUGCUAGUGUUUUGAAAGCGUCAACUGUGUUGUUAGACAGUGCAACUGGUAGAUAUUUCCAUGCUAAAACCCUGAAGCUUGGGUAUGUGUUGGAUAUUUAUGUGGGGACUUCACUUGUUGAUAUGUACUCGAAGUUUUUGGACAUGGAAAAUGCAAGCAGAGCUUUUUUUGAGAUGAAGAAGAGAAAUUUGGUAUCUUAUAAUGUACUCAUCACGGGUUACAGUUUGACAGGUUGGUACGAGGAAGCAUUCAGAGCUUAUAUGAAGCUGCAAGCUGUUGGCAUGAAACCUGACUCUUUUACAUUUAUAGGCCUUUUCUCCUCUUUCUCUGUGAUGGGUGCUGUUGCUGAAGGAGCUCAAGUGCAUUCUCAUUCGAUUAUGUAUGGUUUGAACUCGGAUGUUUUGGUUGGGAACUCUAUAGUGACCUUCUAUUGCAAGUGUGGCCUUACUAAAAGUGCAUUGAAGGCUUUUGAGUCUAUAAAUACACCUAAUGCCAUAUCGUGGGCUGGAAUUAUCUCUGGUUACGCACAAAAUGGUGAACAAGAGAGAGCCCUUGAGCAAUUCUGCAUAAUGCACAAGUCAUUUUAUAAGACGGAUGAGUUCUCUUCGUCAAGUGCUCUAAAAGCUGUUGCCAGUUGGACUACCAUUGAACAUGGGAUGUCCUUACACGCCCAUCUGAUGAAGUCAGGUCUUGAGUGCACAAUAUAUAUAGGAAGUGCACUAAUUGACAUGUACUCAAAAUGUGGGAUGGUUGAAGAUGCAUGUAAGGUGUUUCUGGAGAUGCCUGAGAAGAAUGUUGUCUCUUGGAAUUCAUUGAUAAUGGGUUAUGCCCAGAAUGGUUUAUUCAAGGAAGCAUUACUCCUAUUUCAGGAAAUGAAAGAUUCCAGGAUUUUGCCUACGUCUGUUACAUUUGUUGGAGUUCUAUUUGCUUGUAGUCAUGCAGGUCUUGUAGAAGAAGGGAGAAACUACUAUAAAUUGAUGGUUUACAACUAUGGAAUUCCACCCUCGGUAGAACACUGCACGUGUAUGGUGGACCUCCUUGGCCGGGCUGGUUAUCUUGAAGAGGCAGAAACCUUUCUUCUUGAUUGUCCAUUUUCUAAAGAAUUCGAAAUUUGGGGGUCUCUUCUUGCAGCUUGUGGAGUUCAUAGGAAUUCAGAUGUUGGUUCUCGAGCUGCUCAGCACUUGUUGCAGUUACAGCCUCACCAUUCGUCCAUGUAUACCAGUUUAUCUAAUUUAUAUGCAUCUAAGGAGUUGUGGACGGAUGUCACAAGAAUAAGGGAUCUGAUGAAGGAGAUGGGUGUCGAGAAGGAACCAGGGUGCAGCUGGUUGAGGUAUGGAACAUAGUGAAUACGUUUGUUGUUGAGGACAGAGGACCUUCUCUUGAGGAAGUUUUCGCAGCUCCUGCGAGCUUGGCACUUCCUGACAUUGUGGAUGCUCUUGGUGAAUUGCUAUAUAAUAUACUUGGGACUUUUGAGCACUUACUAACCAAUGGAUGCAUGGAACUGGCAAGGAUGAUGCAAAAUUUUCUCACCUACCACUUCAAUGGAGAAAGAAUUAUGACUGCAAUAUAUAAGAGGUUAGCCUGGCAUCCUUUAAGUCCUAAUCACCACAGAGACCUUCACCCUCGACCAUUUCAUCCUCACUAACAAAAGCUGAUAGGUUUAGAUACCUCUCUUGAUCUGCCCUAUCCCUCCAUCUUGCUCGGC